GUUCGUGUUGGCGUCGUUAUUCCGCCCGACUGAACGAGGAAGCGGCAGAAACGGUUGCUGAAGACAACGCUGAGCAGAGAGUCGGUUCAUACGGACAUAAAGCCACGGAUGCGACUCCUCAUAAUGGAAUCUUGUGUCUUUCUGAUCAAAUCACAAGGACCUCUUGGUCAGAGAUGGGUCUUGUGACUACAUAUCUACAGGCACCCUGCCUAACAUCUUUGAGAUUUAAUAAGCAGCUGUAAUACACUAGUACACACACGUACGUAAGCAUGGCACCCGUCCCACCUGGCAUCCGCUUCCUGGCAUCCUUCAAUAGGGACCAGUGGUACAGGGCCUUCACGUUUGCUCUCACAUUCCUGCUCUACACUAGCUUCCAUCUGUCCAGGAAGCCCAUCAGCAUUGUUAAGAGUGAGCUGCAUAAGAACUGCUCUCAUGUCACAGAGGCGCCUACAGAUAGCAGCAGUCGGCAGCCUGCACUUCACCAAGAACUCGACUGCAGCUGGAAACCAUUCGACAGAAAUAACUAUAAGCAGUUGCUCGGAGCGAUGGAUUACUCUUUCCUGUGUGCUUAUGCCAUAGGCAUGUAUCUCAGUGGAAUCAUUGGAGAGCGUUUGCCAAUUCGCCUGUACCUGACUGUGGGCAUGUUGACCAGUGGCCUUUUCACCUGUCUGUUUGGAAUGGGAUACAUCUAUGACGUCCAUAGCCUGGGCUUCUAUAUAUUUGUUCAGGUGGCCAAUGGUUUGGUUCAGACCACUGGUUGGCCCAGUGUUGUGACUUGCAUUGGUAACUGGUUUGGCAAGGGCAGGAGAGGCCUCAUCAUGGGUUUGUGGAACUCUCACACAUCAGUGGGCAACAUUCUGGGCUCUUUGAUCGCUGGAUAUUAUGUCUCCUCUAACUGGGGUCUGUCCUUUAUCGUCCCCGGAGUUAUCAUCGCUGCCAUGGGAGUCAUCUGCUUCCUCUUUCUAAUAGAGCACCCUCAUGAUCUGAAGAUCGCCAGUACACAGAGCUCAGCUCCAAGCAAUCAGAAGCGUCAUAAAAGCUGGAAUGGUGUGAAUGGACAUAAAGACUUGUACUUGCAGUACAAGCCAGGAGCUAAAACACAGAGCUGGGACACAGAGCUUCUGCUGGGACAGGAGAGCAUUGGAGUGUGUGUUCCUGUGCAGCAGGUGGUGGUGGUGAAGAGCGAGGCAGAACCGUCAGCCAUCAGCUUCAUGGGAGCUUUACGCAUUCCUGGAGUGGUGGAGUUCUCUCUUUGUCUCCUGUUUGCAAAGUUGGUCAGUUAUACCUUCCUCUUCUGGCUCCCCCUCUACAUCACUAAAGCAGCUCACCUUGAUGCCAAGAAAGCUGGAGACCUUUCAACUCUUUUUGAUGUGGGCGGGAUUGUUGGAGGGAUCCUGGCUGGAGUGAUCUCUGAUAAGAUGGGAAAGAGGGCCACCACUUGUGCUGUGAUGCUUCUACUGGCUGCACCCACACUUUACGGCUUCUCUAUGAUGAGUCAGUUUGGCCUGGGUCCCACUAUUGGCAUGCUGCUGGUGUGUGGUGGUUUAGUCAACGGACCGUACGCUCUCAUCACAACCGCUGUCUCUGCUGACUUGGGCACACACAAGAGUUUGAAGGGCAAUGCCAGGGCUCUGUCUACAGUCACAGCUAUUAUAGAUGGCACUGGAUCUGUUGGUGCUGCUGUGGGACCUUUGUUGGCAGGGUUGCUGUCAGCACAAGGCUGGGAUCAGGUCUUUUACAUGCUCAUGACCGCAGACUUUUUAGCACUGUUGCUUUUACUAAGACUUGUGAUGAAGGAGCUUCGCUCUCACAGGAACCGGCCAGGAGCUGCUGUCGAACUGAAGGAACAUUAACUACUUUGCACUAACUGAGCACGACAAACUGUGAUGGGCACAGGAUAUAAAUGUUCACAUCUCGGACCACUUCCUACCCUGGACCAAAACUUGACUGGACUAAAACCUGUUCUUAGUCACCUGUUUUAGAAAAUGGACUAUACAAAGACAUUUUAUUCUUUCUCAGAUGAGAAAUCAUCCAUUUAGGGCGAAGCCACUUUGAGGAAAUAUUUUCUUACCGAAUAUUUAUUGUGAAGAUUCAGGCGCCGCUUGCGUUUGUCCUUUGGUUGUACCCAAACAAAUGAACAUGACUCAAUGUGAGAUCAAGCCUAAAUAUCCCUCCAGUUAAAUAAUGCACAAUUGCACAACCAAAAGUAGCCUCCCUUUGCUGCUAACAAGGGGAAUUUAAAAUAAAUGCAGUAUAAUUUCUACUUCUAGAUCCCCGCCAGGCGCACAGCGCCUUCAUUAAACACGCAGAACAAAUGUCCCUGUAGAUAGUUCAGAAAUCCAUUCUUGCAUGAAUUGUCACAUUGAAUUGAACACGACAAUUUUACGUAAGAACGAUUUACACCGAAAUUUGUUCUGCUUGUGUUUCAUAAAUGAGGCCUAUAGAGCGCAUAGCCGAUUGUCAGUUUAGUUAUGUGUGUGUGUAUAUAUGCUAAAUCUAUAAUAUAUCAUGAUUCUCAUCUGCCUUUCUAUAAACCAAAGCCAGUCCUGUUAGUAGUUGAGAAAAUGUGUUAUAUUCAGACUGUUUUCUGUCUUUCUGUGGUGACGUUAACAGUUCUUAUCCUGUGUUUGUAUAUAGGGAAUCCACUAGGUGAUUAUGACAAAUUAUUUUCUCGUAUUUAAUUUUAUAUUUAUUUAUUUUUUCACUGCUGGCCUGUGACUUAAUGAAUAAACAUUGUGCUUUGA